AGUUAUGAUUUGAUUUGUAGUUUAGUUAUUAAUUACUAGUGUUAAUAGUUGAAAAUAUUUAUAAAUCAAAUUUACAAUGAAACAGUUAACAGAUGACCGAAUGAAAGUAUUUUUCGAAAAAUUGUCUAAAUACAUUGGCUCAAAUAUUAAAUUAUUAAUUGAUCGUUCAGAUGGAAAAUAUUGUUUUCGAGAAAAGAAAGAUCGAGUUUAUUAUGUAUCUGAAAAAGUAUUGAAUAUGGGAUCCAUGAUGAAUCCUGAUAACAUAAUUAGUAUAGGAACAUGUUUUGGAAAAUUUACUAAGUCUGGAAAAUUCAGAAUACAUAUAACAUCUUUAGAUUAUUUAGCUCCAUAUGCUCAGCACAAAAUGUGGAUAAAACCUGCAGCUGAACAACAGUUUCUUUACGGUCAUAAUGUUUUAAAGUCUGGUCUUGGGCGAAUUACAGAAAGUACUACUCAAUAUCAAGGAGUUAUAGUAUUCUCAAUGAGUGAUGUUCCUUUGGGUUUUGGCGUCGCAGCAAAAAAUACUACUGAAUGUAAGCACACAGAUCCACUAUCAGUAGUUUGUUUUAAUCAAGCUGAUAUUGGUGAAUUUAUUCGAUGUGAAGAUGAUUUAAUAUAAAACAUUAUUAUUAAGUAUUUUACAUAUUUUUAAUAAACAACUUAUUGACGUUCUUAA